AUGUCAGGCUGGAUGCUGGCCGAGGGCCUCACCAGCGAGGUGACCUGCCCCGUGUGCCGGAACCUCUUCCGGGACCCCGUUCGGCUGGAGUGUGAGCACAACUUCUGCCGCCCGUGCAUCGGGGGUCUCUGGGGCGAGCUGGAGACGGGCUUCAGCUGCCCCGAGUGCCGCGAGACCUUCCCCCAGCUCCGGCUCAAGAGCAACCGGCUGCUGGCCAACAUCGUGGAAAGGGUGCGGCAGCUGCGGCUGGACGUCGGUGGCCCCGGGGAGAGGGGUCCUGGGCCCGGCCUCUGCCCCCGUCACGACGAGAAGCUCAAGCUGUACUGCCAGGAUGACCGGGAAGCCCUCUGCGUGGUGUGCGGGGUGUCCAAGGAGCACAAGGACCACCGUAUCGUGCCUCUCCACGAGGCGCUGCAGUUCUGCCAGGAGAAGCUGAAGGAAUCUUCUGUCGAACUGGCAAAGCAGGUCGAAACGUUAAGUGGGAUCGAGGCCAGCCAAGAAAAGAAAAUUCUGGAGCUCAAGUCGCGUCCUCCUCAUAUAAAAGCUUCACUGGCGGAGACAGGUUGUCAGCAGGUGCCAGGGGUUCAUCUCACUCCCAAGGAGGGGCCGUUGAGUUUGCUUCCCGACUUCCAUGUGUCUGUUCCCCUGGGCAGCGGACGAUUCACUAUGGAUCAGCGUGCGGUGAAGCAGGUCGCUGAUCAAGCGUGGAAGAGACACUCCCAGAUCUCCAGUGUCCCAUCACUGGCCGGUGUACCCUGGGAGAAGACGGCCGCCCUGGGGAAGCGCAUCGUCUCCGAGCUGGACCUCCUGCGGCAGUUCCUGCAGCGGGAGCAGGACGGGCUGCUGGAUCAGCUGCGGGAGGAGGAGGGCCGGGUCCUGAGGCAGAUGGAGGACACCCUCCGCCGGGCCCGGGACGAGAGGACUGCCCUGGAAUCCGAGAUGGCCGAUGUCCAGCAGAGGCUGUGCGAAGAGGAGCCGGCCAGACUUCUCCAGGAUGUCAAAGAGCUGACAGAAAGGGUGAGGCAGAGCAUGUUGGACUGGGAGGUGGUCCCGGAGAGCAGGCUGAACAUCGGCCCCUUUCAGGGACCGCUGCAGUACGCGGUGUGGAAGAGGAUGAGGGACAUCAUCAGCCCAGGUUACGGGGAAAAGAGAAUGAGAGGGGAUCUCAUGGAAACAUAUAAAAUUAUGAAAGGGAGAGAUAAGAUAACGGCAGGAAGGUUGUUUCCACUGGUAGUGCCAGCCCCGUUGACCCUCGACCCGGGCUCCGCCAACCCGUACCUGAUCCUCUCGGAAGACCUGACCGCCGCCAAGUAUUCCUACACCUCCCAGCAGCUCCCCGAGAACCUGGAGCGCUUCAACUUCUGUGCCUGCGUCCUGGCCUCUGAAGGGUUCAGCUCCGGCCAGCACUACUGGGAAGUGGAGGUGGGCAACCAGCCAGACUGGGACGUGGGAGUGGCCGCUGAGUCCAUCGACCGGGAGGGUUGGGUCAUCCUGACGCCGGAGAACGGCUUCUGGACGUUCGGGCACGUGGAGCACCCGAGGAUCGGCGUCUACCUGGACCACGAGGCUGGCCAAGUGUCCUUCUACCGGGCAGACAACAUGGGACACCUCCACACCUUCAUCGACACAUUCACCGAGAGGCUCUUCCCUUUCUUCUACCCCAGCGCCGAUUCCAAUGCCCAGCCCCUCAAGCUCUGUCACCAGCACCUCUGA